AUGGUUUCAGUGGCUCAGGGAGACAGGCACGAGACCCCAAGUUUCCUGCGUGGGCCCUGUCAUGGCCAAGUGAGCCCAGUUUCCACAGUUAGACUGAGGGGCAGGACUAUAUCUCUUGAUGUCUGGGCCUUUGCUCAGAUUCUGAGGCCAGCCUGCCAGCAGCCAGCUGCACGCAUUGCAGGAUCCCAAGGGCCUCUGGGGAUUUUACAUACACACACAACGCGCACGCGCGCGCACACACAGACACACACACACCCGCCUGCAGUCAGUCUCUCCAGGCUCCCUGCCAAGGACCUUCCUACCCCCAUCCCCGUUUCUGUCCCUUCUCGGUUGGUUUUAGGUGGAUCCCUUGGAGGCAAAAGCAGCCAAGGACUGAUCCCAGGCGCUUUCUGUAGCAAACAAACUGUGAAUUCUGACUUCCCUUGCCCUUCUUCCGGCCGUAGGUGCCUCCCCUCUGACCAGCUGGGAGGGGACUGGAGAAAGGCAAGGGCCAAGAUGCUGCUGCUUCUGACCCUCCUCUCUGGGGCAGGGCAGAAGAGGAGCCUGGUUCAUUGUGCCACAUUUCAUACCCGUGCAGGCAUGGGCGAGCGACUGGCACCCCUUUCCGGCCUCAAAGCCCUCCCUGCAGUGAAGCUGGACAGGAGGGAAGAGGCCCCAGCAUUGGGGUUUGGAUUCUAG